AUGUAUUCCUCUCCAAAGGAACAAGAUAUAUCCGAAUCCGAGACUCAUCAAGGGGAAUAUAAGAACAAAUUAUCAAAAAAUAAUUUGAGUUCUCAUUAUUCUUUUGAAAAAAAUAAUACUGAAAACAUGUCCGUGGGACAAUAUAAGAAUGAGAAUAAGUUGAAUGAUUUUAAACCUAUGAUAGGAAAUAACCUCAUUUCAACUAAUAUUUCAGAUAAGGAUAAUAUGGUAAAUGAAGAUGACAAGAAUGAUAUAAAUAAUAAAAAAAAUGAAGAUGACAAGAAUGAUAUAAAUAAUAAAGAAAAUGAAGACGACAAUAAUGAUAUAAAUAAUAAAGAAAAUGAAGACGACAAGGAUAAUAUAAAUAAUAAAAAAAAUGAAGACGACAAGGAUAAUAUAAAUAAUAAAGAACAUGAAGACGACAAGGAUAAUAUAAAUAAUAAAAAAAAUGAAGACGACAAGGAUAAUAUAAAUAAUAAAGAACAUGAAGACGACAAGGAUAAUAUAAAUAAUAAGGAUAAAUCCCAUAAUAAAGAUACACACUCAAAUUGCAUAGUUGAUAAUAAGGAUAUAUUAUUAAAAGGGGGAAAUCAAAAUUAUUCAGAUAAUAAUGAAGAAAGGGCUGUGCCCAAUAAUGAUAUUUCUCAAUAUGUAAAUUGUUCUGAGGGUAAGAAUGAAUCAGAUCCACUUAAAAAUAAAGUGCAAGUAGUGGAACAUAUGGAUGAUAUAAAUAAGACCUCGAAUGAAAAACAAAUCCUAAUUAAUAAGAAAGAUCUGAUUGAAUGUAUUAACUCAAUAGAAGAAAUUAAUUCAAGAUAUCAAUAUAGUUUAGAUGGAGAUGGAUUAUUAAACAUCGAAACGAGUGAAGUAAUAAAUACUUUAAAUUGCAAAAAUAUGUCAGACAAAGAAAAUCGUUUAAUCAGAAUAAAGAAUAUGCGUUAUCAAAAUAAUAGACGUAAUGAAAAUAUUAUAGGUGACAUAGUUGUUUUAAAUGAUUCAAAUAAAGAUGCUUUAUAUGUAGAUUUGUCUUUAAAUAAUAAUAGACAUAUUAAUUUCGAAACAUUUGAACAUAGUGGGAAGAUAAUUAGUGAUAUAUAUAAAGUAUUGAAAAAAAAUGUUUUAAAAAAGAUAAUAAGAAAUAAAAAAAAAAAAAAUUUUUAUUCAAGUAAUAACAUAAAAUAUCAUCCUACAUAUCAGAAGAACAUUUCAUCUAAAACCACCUUUACAAGUAAUGCUCUUAUACUACCUGGUUUUUCUAAAGAUGAAGAUUAUAUAUCCUUAAAUGGAAAUAAAAUAAAUAAACAAAUAAUAUAUGAUUACAUAAAAAAAAAUGGUAUAUGUCCAAAUAUAGAUAACACAUUAAUGUUAGGUCAGGAUUCCUUAAAAAGAGCUAUAGAAAGACAAAGAUAUUUUUUUAGACUUUCGAAAUUUUAUUUUAAUAAACAUAAAAACAAAGCUUAUAAACGUCUAUUAAAACAAAUAAAUAAAAAAUUAAUAAUAAAAUCUGAUAAGAACUUUAUACUAUCUAAUGACGAAUUUGAAUGUAAUUCAACAAUAUCUGAAAUUGUAGAAUUUAAUAAAAAUGAUUUACAAAAAGAAUUAAAAUUGUAUAAGGUUAGAUCUUAUGAUGAUAUGGAUUUUUAUAUAUUAAGGAAUAAAAAUAACCUUCAUAUACAUAAUCAUAAAUAUGUAAAAUCUGUAUAUUAUAAUAAAUCAUAUUAUUUUUUGUAUUGUCCAAAUAAUGAUGAUAAGAAUAUUUCAAAAAAUCCAUUAUAUUAUUCAGGAGGUUAUCAUAAUAACAAUCAAAAAAAUGUGAAACCACGCCUUCAAAAUUUUGAAACAAACAAUGAAUUAAUUCGCAAUAAUCAAAUCGAAUAUGAUAGAGAAAAUGAACAACAUGUGUCUAGUUCUUUACACAAGAAUAAACAUAUUACAUUUAGAGAUGUUAGUGUUCAGUGUAAUGAAAUACGUUCUAAAAAUGACAAACCAAAUAAGGACAUGGAUAUAAAAUGUUAUGGAUAUUAUAGUCCUUAUACAAUACCUAAAUUAAAUAAGGAUGAAUUUAUAAAUUUAGGUGACAUAAAAGAUUUUAGCAUAUCUGAGUACAUGUCAAGGUAUAUGAAAAAUAAUACACAUGAUAAAAAACAUAUAUGUUGUUUAAAUGAAAAUAUGAAUCAUAGACAUAUUUGUGAUUUACCAAAUUGUAGCCACAAUAAUCAUAUAAGACAUAAUUGGAAUCAUAUAUGUAAUUUAGAACAUCAUAAUGAAAAAAAAUAUUAUGUAGAAGAAAAAUCAACAGAUAAUUAUAUUCAACAGAGCACAUCAAAUAUAAAUUUGGAUGAUAACCAUAAAGAUUCUAAUAUAAGAUGCAAAUGUUUAGAAAGAAAUAUGUUCAAUAAUCUCCACGUUUAUUGUGCUAAUCAUUUGAGUAACCUACCUUACUACUACCAUCCUUUAGAUGCUUAUAUAAAUCAGAAUAAUGUACAUUGCUUUUAUCAUCAUUUCCCACAUUGUAUGCUAUAUAACGUUAAUGAAAUGAACCUUAAGAAAUGUAUAGGGAAUAUAGAUGAUAAAAACAUAUGUCAUAUGCAUUUAAAUGAUGAUGAAUCGAAUAUUUACAUGAAUAAAAGAAAUACAGAUGAGUACAAUACAGUGCAAAAUAGUAGAAAUAGGAGUAACAUAUAUUGUAAUAAUAAUGAUGAUAAUAAGGUUAAUAAGGAUAAUAAGGAAUAUGGAUAUAAUAGUGAAAAUUAUUGCACAAUAGAUGAGAAAAAUGAAGAAGAAAAGAAUAUGAAAAAUCAGGUGAAGAAGAAGUUAAAAAAUAAUGCUAAAAAAAAGAAGAAAAUGAAGGUAAAAAAAAAUAAGAUAAAUAAAAAAAAAAAUAACAUGGAAAAAAAAUUAAUGAAAGAAAUAAAAAAAUUCUUAAAUAAAAAAGAAUUAUUAAAAUAUAUUAAAAAAAAUUUAUUAUCUUCUUCUUCUUCUUCUUCUUCUUCAUCUUUUAUAAAACAAAAAAGUAAUUGUAGAAAAAAAUCCUCAAGCACAAAUAAUAAAGAUAAUGAUUGCAAUCAAAAUUCAUUUUCUGAUAUAAAAAAUAGCAAUAGUUUAGAUAUAUCAUGUAAUGAAAAUAAUGUUAUACCUUAUAAUAAAGAAUAUAAUACUUAUUAUUCUAAUAGUUCUCAUCUCAAUAGUUUUGGCAUGAAAGGUAGUUGCAACAUAAUACCAUAUUCUCCUAUGAUAUUUAAUAAUAACAUUGAUAUGGAAUAUACAUCAAAGGACAAUGAACAUUCUGAUAUUAAAAAUAUUGAGAGAUAUUGUAUAAAAUGUAAAGAUGAUCUUCGAAAGAAUAAAAUGAAUUAUAUUCAUUCAGAUAAAUUAAAAAUAAAGAAGAAUAACCAAUACAAGCUUAAAGACAAAAUUAAAUCAUAUUUAAAUACUCUAAACAAAAAUAAACCAAAGGGAAUAUUAAGAUCUGAUAUAAAAAAAUAUUUAUUAUUUUUGAUACGUAAAUAUUAUAAGAUAUGUAAAAUGUGGCUAAGAGAAAAAAUGAAAAGAAGAAACGAAAGGUUUUUAUGGUAUAAAAAAUGGACAAUGAAAUCGAAAAAUGAACAAGAACAAAUAUAUAAAAAAUAUGAAAACAAAAAAAAUAUAAGUAAAAUAUUUAAAAAUUCUAAUUCUUUAAAUCCAAAUAUAUUAAAAGAAGAUAAGACCAUAGAAGCACAACAAUGUAUUAAUGAUUAUGAAAAUGAUGGUAUACAACACUCUGAAAUAUCCAAUGUAAAUUAUAGACAUGAUUGCAUUAAUAAGGAUAUGACAAGUAGUCAAAGUUUUAUAAUGAAUCAUGAAACAGUAGAUGAAAAUAAUAAUGAUGAAUAUAUAAAUAAUGUAGAAUUAAAUAUACAAACAGAAAGAAAUAAUUUUAAUCCUAUAUCUACACAAAAAAUGGAUGAUAAUAAAAUAUAUGAAGAAUCUGAAAUGGACAGAGAUGCAUAUGUACACCAAGAACAGCAUAAUAUUAUGAGCAAUUAUGAUAAUGUUUCAAGAAAUAAUCAAGUAGGAUUAGAACAAAGUUGUAACACAGAUAUGUUAAAUGAAAAUAAUUUAUAUCAUAUUAAUAAUAAUAAUAAUAAUAAUAUCAUUAAUAAGAUAGAAGAAAAUGUGGAUAAACCAUUAUGUGUAGAAAGUACAAAUAAAAAUGCUAGUUUUUCAAAUAUUGAAAUCAAUGAUUCUUAUAAAAAUGAGGAAUUACAAAAUGUAUCUUAUGUGAAUAAUAAUAGAAAUUUUGUACUAAAUGAAACGAUAAAUUAUAUGAAUAAUAUGGAUAAUAUGGAUAACUAUUAUUAUGGUGUAAAUAAUAAUAUGCAAAUAUAUCAAGAUAAUAAUAACCUUUCCAAUGAUUUCCAUCAAGACAGAGAAGUAUUAGUGAACCAUAGUAAUAUAAAUGAAAAUAAUAUGAUGCAUCAAUAUUCAUCAGCUAAUUAUGAAAAUAAGUAUUUAGAUAUGCAACCUUUCAAUAAUUAUGCCAUAUCAAAUAAUAAUAUAAAUUAUGAUAUAAGAAAUUCUGUGGAAGAUCAUAUAGAAUCUUCAAACUCUAAUUCUUUAAAUGCAAAUUUUCCUAACAUUAUAAAUGAAAAUUAUGUUCAUGAGAAUAUAGAGGAUCAUUCACAUAGAAUAAGAAAUUUUGUUUUGAAUAAUAACAUAAAGGAAGAAGAAGAAGAAGAAGAAGAUAUUUGUUUAUUAAAUUAUGAAAAUAACUAUAAUGCAGAAGCAGAUCAAAAUAUUAACAUAACAAAUAAUGAUAAUAUAAGGUAUAACAAUAAUGUGUCUAAUAAUUAUUCCACAAAUUUUUUUAAAAAUAGAGGUUGUGUCUAUGUAGAUGGAAAUGUGAAUAACGAAAACAUUUAUUAUGGACACCAAAAUAUAUAUGUUCAAAAUUUAAUACAUGAAGAUCAAAAUAUUUAUGAGCAAAAAAAUGUGGAUAUGAAAAUUGAUGAAACUAUACCAAAUGUGGUAAAAAAUAAUGAAAAUGAUAGAAUGAUCGAAAAUUUGCCUUCAUUCAAUUUAAAAGAUACGAAUAUGGAGGAAUAUGAAUUAAAAUUUGAUAUGAGAAGUAGGUCUAUAUCAAACGAAGAAUUUAAUUUUAUGAAUAUAAAUAAUAAUAAUAAUAUCACAAUUACUUGUAAAAAGAAGGAAAAUGAACACAAUAUGUAUUACAUUCAUGAUGAUAAAUCAGAGGAAAAAGUAUCCUGUAAUAUUAUUAAAUCAGAAGAAGAAUCAAAUAAAAAUUUGGUAGAUAUGAAUAAGUACAAUUUGUAUUAUAGUUGUAAGAGUAAUGAAGCAUCAAAUGUGAAUACAAAAGGGGUUAUUACAAAUGAAGAGGAUAUAAUGCACUCUAAUAAUGAUAAUAUAAAUUAUAUAAAUGAUCAGAACAUGAAUAGUAGUAAUAUAUAUAACAAUGUAUCUAAUGUGAAAGAAAUUGCUACUAACGUAUAUAAUGAUAUACAACCAAAUGAUGGAGAAAAUUUGAAUAAUCCCUUAGAAGAAGUUCAUUUUGAUCCAAAUGAAAUAGACUUUGACAAUUGUACAAAUAUAGGAAAUGAUAUGUACGAAAAGGGUAUAAAAUUUUUGAUAAAUUUACAAAAUUCUUUAAAAACAGAAUUGGGUUUGGAAUGUAUGAAGAAUGAUGAAAAUGAUGAUGAUGAAAGUGGUAGUGAAAAUGGUGAUGAUGAAAGUGGUAGUGAAAAUGGUGAUGAUGAAAGUGAUAGUGAAAAUGGUGAUGAUGAAAGUGAGAGUAAAAAUGAUGGAGAUGAAAGUGAGAGUAAAAAUGAUGGUGAUGAAAGUGAGAGUAAAAAUGAUGGUGAAAAUGAGGGUGAAAAUGAUGGUGAAAAUGAUGAUGAAAAUAAUGGUGAACAUGAUGAUGAAAAUAAUGGUGAAAAUGAUGGUGAAAAUAAUGGUGAAAAUAAUGGUGAAAAUAAUGGUGAAAAUGAUGAUGAAAAUAAUGGUGAAAAUGAUGGUGAAAAUGAUGGUGAAAAUGAUAAAGAUAAUGAUAAAGAUAAUGAUGAUGAAAAUGAUGAUGAAAGCGACGAUGGAAGUGAUGACGAAAGUGAUGAUGAAAGUGAUGAUGAAAGUGAUGAUGAAAGUGAUGAUGAAAGCGAUGAUGAAAGCGAUGAUGAAAGCGAUGAAGAAAGUGAUGAAGAUAACAAUUCUGGAAAUCAUGUUCAAAAUGAAAGAAAUAAUAAUCCAAAUGUAUAUAUGAAUCAUAAUUAUAUAGGAAAUGCAUAUAAUAAUAUCCUUCCAUAUGAAAAUAAUAAUUAUAUGGCUAAUUAUAAUGGGGGUAAUGAUAAUAUUAAGAAAUAUAAUAAUGAACAAAAUUAUAAUGUUCAUAACUAUAAUAUGAAUGAUAAUUCUGAACAAAAUUUUAAUAUGGAUAACAAUAAUAUGAAUAAUGAUAAUAUAAGAAAUUAUAAUAUGAACCACUAUAAUAUGGGGGAUAAUAAUAUGAACAACUAUGAUACUGGAAAUUCCAACAUAAUUUACUAUAAUAUCAUAGAUAAUAAUAUGAACAACUAUAAUAUGGCAGUUGAUAAUAUGAACAACUAUAAUAUGGUAGAUGAUAAUAUAGACAACUAUAAUAUGGUAGAUAAUAAUAUGAACAACUAUAAUACGGUAGAUGAUAAUAUGAACAACUAUAAUACGGUAGAUGAUAAUAUAGACAACUAUAAUAUAGUAGAUAAUAAUAUGAACCACUAUAAUAUGGGGGAUAAUAAUAUGAACAACUAUAAUACUGGAAAUUCUAACAUAAUAUACUAUAACAUGGUAGAUGAUAAUAUGAACAAGUACCAUACCGUAAAUGAUAAUAUAAACAACUAUAAUACGGUAGAUGAUAAUAUGAACAACUAUAAUACGGUAGAUGAUAAUAUUAACAACUAUGAUACUGGAAAUUCUAACAUAAUUUACUAUAAUAUGAUAGAUAAUAAUAUGAACAACUAUAAUACCGUGAAUGAUAAUAUGUACAACUAUAAUACACUAGAUGAUAAUAUAGACAACUAUGAUACUAGAAAUUCUAACAUAAUUUAUUAUAAUAUGGUAGAUAAUAAUAUGAACAACAAUAAUACCGUGAAUGAUAAUAUGAACAACUAUAAUACGGUAGAUUAUAACAUGGACAACUAUGAUACUGGAAAUUCUUACAUAAUUUACUAUAAUAUGGUAGAUAAUAAUAUGAACAGCAAUAAUAUCGUGAAUGAUAAUAUGUACAACUAUAAUAUGAGAGAUAUUAAUAUGAACAACUAUAAUACUGUAAAUGAUAAUAUGAACAACUAUAAUACUGUAGUUUAUAAUAUGAGCAACUAUAAUACCGUAAAUGAUAAUAUGGACAACUAUAAUAUGGUAGAUAAUAAUAUGAACAAUUAUAAUACGGUAGUUUAUAAUAUGAGCAACUAUAAUACGGUAAAUGAUAAUAUGAACAACUACAAUACCUUAAAUGAUAAUAUGAACAUUUAUAAUAUGGUAGAUAAUAAUAUGUACAACUACCAUACCGUAAAUGAUAAUAUGAACAACUACCAUACCGUAAAUGAUAAUAUGAACAACUACAAUACCGUAAAUGAUAAUAUGAACAAUUAUAAUGUUCAUAAUAAUAAUAUGUAUAACUUUAAUGCUGAAAAUUAUAAUAUGAAUUUAUACAACCAAAAUAAUAUUGGUGGCAACGGUUUUAAUAAUAAUGGGAUAUAUAAUAACACGAAUGAACAGGAAAAUAAUAACUUUAUUCCUCAUCACAAUGAAAUGAAUAACAAUAAUCAUAAUUCUUAUGAAUUAAAUGAGCAAUCACCUUAUCCUAAUGAAAAUAAUUAUGAGGUAAAUAAUAUGUACCAUACAUAUAACAACCAAUACGUACAGAAUAUAGGUUCUUCUACGACGAAUAGAAAUAACAUGAUGCAAAGACCAUACAAUGAAAUUCAUGAUAAUUUAUAUGGAAGAUAUGAUGAUAUUCAUAAUACGAAUGCUUCUCUAGAAUUCUAUGUAAACAGGUGCAAUAAUUGUCAAAAUUGUUCUAAUAAUACUAAUAAUAAUAAUAAUACUAAUAAUUCUAAUAAUAAUAAUAAUAAUACUAAUAAUUCUAAUAAUAAUAAUAAUAAUACUAAUAAUUCUAAUAAUAAUAAUAAUAAUAAUAAUAAUAAUAAUUCUAAUUCUAAUAAUAAUAAUAAUAAUAAUGAUGAACAAAAUAGUACAAUAAAUAAUACACUAUAUAAUACACAAAAUCUUAUGAAAGAAAUAUUGCGUUUAAUCUUGUUGAAAAAUAUUCUAGUACUUCAUACAGAAGCAAGAAGAAUCUAG